CAUUGAGGAUGCCGUAUCAUCCUCAACCCCUCUCACUAUCUUAUGUGCGCUUGUUUCAUCGGUCGGACCUGUUAAGUCUGUUCUGGGCACCGAGGCUUACUCCUACACGACAAAGAGGCAUCGCUGGUGAGUGAUGAUGGUAGGCUCCACACAAAAUCACCAAAGUGACCCCGGCGAGCCUCUCUUCAGUUUGUCAGCCUCGUUGAACGCUUCUGGCUUGCGGUCGCUACUCUCGUGGUUUCCCAUUGCCCAGGAUCUCAUGCCAGGACCACCACCUCCGCUGCACCCGCACGAGCGCCCAGACCUGUUACACCUGCUGAUACGGUCCACCGAUUCCAGCUCAGGGCCACACAUGCAUUUGAGUCAUCACGUCUCGGCCUUGAGGGCGGGCCUGCUACAUGCUCUCGCCCGUCAAAUCAUCACGGAGCGCGAUACCCUAGCCAUGGCAGUCAUUGCUCACUUCUUACCGGAGCUUCUAGCCGAUACUCUCUCUCCUAUCACAAUAGUCUCUGCGGCACUGCUCCGAGCCGUGCUCAGUUUCAGCCCGGUCUUUGAUGCCGUCAAGAUUUUCGUCUCCGGCUCUCCGGCAGUGGAUGCUAUGCUCACGACCUGGUUGUCAGCCUUGACGCAGGCCCUCUUCGUCGAUCUAUCUGACAACGAAGAGCUUCGGAACUCGGAUCGUGCCGAUCAAAUCGGCCAUUUGGCCAGAAUCCGCCAGAGAAUGCCCUCAGGUACAGGAGAAGAGGAGGGCUGCCGAAAAGCUCUGGCAAGGACAGAAAGGGUGGCACGAAUUCAUUCGCUGUGUCGGUCACAUCUCCAUGACCUGCAUCAACAGCGAGACAUCGAAGGCACGCGAGCUACCAUAAACGCUGCAAUUACAGAGCUUCGCCGCGAGCUUGCCAUCAUGCCUGUUGCGUCAGUGGUCAGAGACGACUCGGCGCAGCGCCAGUACGACUUCGAGACGGCCGAGCUUCGGCUUUUGUCAGUCAUGCUGUGGCUUAAGGAAGUUUUGUUCACUGUGUGCGCUCUGACGACUUCCAACACCAGUCAGCAAGCGUUUUGGCGUCAGCUUGUGAGCCAGCCCAGUCUCAUGCAGCUCUUGCAUACACCGGGGGCUUACCUUGUUGAGGCCUCUGAGACGCUUUGUCUAUACUUUUGCAACUUGCUGGAGCACCGGACUCCGGAUAGUGGACCUCUUAUACCGAUGUCAAAGGUCAUGUCAAUUGUUGGCGCGGUCAAAGUACUGACAGAGCACACUGCUGUUAGCCAGGCCAACAAAGCGGCAACUCUGAGAACGAGUCUGCUGCUUCGUAACGUUGCAUCGUCUAUGAUGCAGCUCUCUUUCAACGAAAGGGAACAAUUGCUAGCCUUUGGCGGCGCACGCGAAGCUGGAGUAUCCUCAAAUUCGACCAUUCAGGCUCUCGAUCUGCCAGGUCUUUGCUCGAUAUUUGUCCUGGGCGUCGCAGAGCGCUGCAAACAGGCUUUUCCGCGCAUACCCGCCGCUACAUCAGCGGCAAAUACGGGCCUUUCCUCCACAAACCCACAUUGCCCGCCUGCUGCUAAUCGUAGCAGGACAAGUGAUGCAAGACUAGAGCUAGAUCUGGAACAAUUCAUUGCCAGUCUAUUUGCAGCGGCCGACGCAACAGUUGACGUCGGAUGAUAACCAUGUACAACAACAGCAUACAAGUCCGGGCAUAUCUUUCUUUGCACACCAUCUGCCGGUGGCCCAAUUCCUUGCUGUGCUCCCAGCGUUUUCCGAGAAGGACCUCGCUCUUAUCGAAGGCGCGUGAGACAUGCUUAAAAAGAGAGUGGGCUUCUGCUUCGCUGCUGCGGUGGCCUGCGCGGACGA